AACAAGACACGGUCGUAUGUGUCAGCACAAAGAUUGCUUAUAAAAUAUCUCAUCUUUACACUUUAGCUGAAAAAAAGGGAUUUGGACAGAGAGAUUUUCUAAAUUUCAAAACAAAUCAAUUUUUAGUGUUUCAAUCAAUCUUGCUUAGGAAAAGCAAAAAAGGGGAAGGUUCCUUUCUUCAUUUCUUGGUUUUAGAACACCACAAGUACUAAUUAUAUAUAGUUUGCUUCAAUUGAGAUCUUCAACUUGAGAGCUAUAUACACAGACAGACAUGUUGGAAGGAAAAGGUGUGAUUGAAGAUACAGAUAUGCCAGUGAAGAUGCAGAUCCAAGCUAUGCGUUUGGCUUCUCAGGCUCUGGAUGUUUAUGAUGUUUUGGACUACAGAUCCAUUGCUGCUCAUAUUAAAAAGGAGUUUGACAAGAAAUAUGGGGGUGGCUGGCAGUGCGUGGUGGGAUCAAAAUUCGGGUGUUACUUCACUCAUACUAAAGGAACAUUUAUCUAUUUCACCUUGGAGACUCUUAACUUCCUCAUCUUCAUAGGAGCCACUUCUCCUUAAUGAGAUUUUGAUUGUGAAAACAAGACUUGUAAUUACUCUUAGCCUAAUAACUUCACUCACUAUUAGAGGAUUGGAAAUUAGUAAUUUUAGCCAAUUUCCGCACAAAUGAGAAUUGUACGGGGCAGAUCAUGUUUCCCUUGUUGGACUCUUGUCCCUUGGUACUUUUUGAAUCCUCAAAGAGAACAAAAUUUGUCA